AAGAAAUGGAAGACACGUUCUCAAGUUUGAGUUCGCACCACCCUGCCCUCGGGGCAGGGAUGUGCAAUGAGAAUGAGUUGAUGGAGGCCCCAGAAGAAGAGGAUAUAGAUCUGAUGAAUGAUGAGACGUUUGGUGGAGAUAUUGAUGAAGACUUUGACUGGGAGGAGGAGCAUGAGAAACUGUCAGAGGUGAUCGAGGUCGGUGACAAAAUUCUCUAUGGACGACCAGCUCGGGAUUCUGGGUACAAGACCUACACCAGUCAGGAGGAAUACAUGGAGCAGAGCAUCAGUCAGUUGGUUGUAGAAGACGAGGAAAUAGAUGAUCCAGCGAUUGUCAAUGUCAGCAAAAACAGACCUAUACCCAAGAAGUGUCAGAAUCUGGACGAUUUGUUUGGACCAGCCUCUCCCCCAGCUCUCCUGGACGCAGAACACUUGGUGUCUCCAUCCAGUAGAAAUAUCUGGGGUUCCCCAGUGAAGGAGACACAUAUGCCCCCAGCAGUCAACAAUCUCCAGACACUAUUUGACUUUGCCAAAGCAGCUUCAAGCUCGACACACACAAAGGGUGCCCCAGUAGUAUCCACCCCAGGAAGAACAUUAGAAGAGCUUGAGCAGCAAUUACUCCCAGGUUCUAAAGGUCAUGCAAUGACAGCAGAGGAUUUGGAGCGACAGCUUCGUGGGGAGGAUCAGAAAGUCCCCCCUCCCUCUGACCCUAGACUCCAACACCCACCUCCUGGGUUCCUGCCGGGAUCACCGGGCCCUAGAAACCAGACCCCACAGCGCAUACCACCAGGGUAUGGUCCAUAUCUUCCAAUGAUGGAUGGCAGACGUUCACCAAUGGGGCAGGGGCCCUUUCCACCAAGGGGUGGGGAAGGACAUCCUGGAGCAACACCCCCAGGCCCUAUCCCACCACACCUGCUCAAUGGUAGGAGAUCCCCUCUUCAGACAACCCCUACCACUCCCCAGAAUCUUAGGUCCACUCCUGUCAUGUUGCAUAGGCUUUCUCCUUUGUCUAUGUCAGGUUUGCAUUAUUGGUCAUGUAUUUCAGCUCCCUCAGGUAGAGUUUCCCCUCUUUCGGUUAUUUUUAGGGGGUCGCCCUCACCCCCUCCUGUCACCCCACAGGUUUCCUUGUUGUCUGCUUAUGCUCGUGGGGCACUGCAAAGCAUCAUGGGGAACCGUAUGCCCACUGCCCCCAUUGGUAUUCCCCGCCAGCUACUGAGGGGACCUCCUCCACAAAGUCCAUACAACAGUCCUGGUCCACGACAAAGUCCACAUGGUGGUCACUUUGGUCCUCACCCUGGUAGUCCGUAUGGUCCGCCCCAUGCAGGAUCCUACCCUCCCCCUCACAAUAGCCCUGGAGGCCCAAGACCACCACACCCACUGGGUCAUUCAGAUCCAAGAAGAGGUCGAGGCAGAGGAUUCUUCAGAGGCCAUAACCGUGGAAACUACAGCAAUACUGACCACAGGGAAGGCUAUUCAGAAGGUCAUGACCCCACCAGAUAUGAUCAAAAUCAUCACCCUGACAACCGUGAACACCGCAGAGAUUACCAUGACAACCGACGGGAACAUGAUCGCCGCAGAUACUACCACUACAAUCCAGAGGAAGAUAGAAAGAGAUCCGUGGAUGCUUAUGCUGGACUGAUGACUCAAAAAGAAAAAGACUGGAUUAUCAAAAUCCAGCUGAUACAGCUUCAAACAGAAAAUCCAUAUCUGGAUGACUUCUAUUACACGACUUACUCCCUGAAGAAGAAAGCAGAGGAACGCCUUAAGAGACAACAGAAUGGAGUGAUGGAUGACAAAGACCCUGAACUUAACCUUAUUAUCCCAGCCAUGGCCAAACUAGAGACCAAGCCAUACAAACCAGCUCAGUUUGAGGGGUCUUUGGGUAGACUUACCACCUCCAGUGUUCACAAUCCCAGACAGAUCAUUGAUGUUCGGAGUGAAGGCAAACACCAUACAGAGGACGGAGAACCAAAAAACGUCUCUAAGGAACUCAGACGCAGUCGACAAUUACUGAUGGAAAUAGAAAAUGGCUAUAAUUUACUGUUGGAUGUGGACGACAUAGAAAAGAAAAUUUUAGCUUUACCAGAAGAAGCCAGGAAGCCAUUAUUUGAAGACAGGAAAAACAUGCUUACAGAUUUAUACAAGUACCUGUUGUCUCCUGGAAAUAACGAACAUUUCCUAUCCAUUAUGUCAAUCCGUAAAGGGAGAAAACUAGUGGCCCGGGUCCUUCCGCUCCUAGAAAAAACUCAGGCAGAAAAUCUGGUACAACUACUGCUGAAGAACAUGGCUUAUCUGAUCAAGAAAGAUCAAGGGGAAGAGGGCCUGAUGUGCCUACAUGAUUCUGUUAUCCGAGUGAUUGACAACUGUGAUCUCCAAAACCUUGUCAACUUUGCCACGGAGCUGAAAGAAUCAGGACAAAACCAGUCAAAGACAGCCGCUGUAGCCAUACAAAACAAGUUUGGGAGUUCCCUGGUUUGUAGUCUGUUACACAGGGGAGAGGUACUUCACGCCAACACAUCACCUCUGGACAUUGACAACCAGCUGGAAACUUUAUGGUGUCAGUUUGUUCAUGAAUUUGCCGGGAUCCUUGCUGUGGUCCCUACAGAAUCUCUGGUGCACCCCAAACAGCAUCACGCCUCAAUCUUAGAACAUUUCGACCGUCUUCUCAACAAAAAACUCAUAGCAGUUAUUGAAGAUAAGGUCAAGCUAUUCACUGAACCAGAACGAGCCGCAUGAUGUUGCGGUCUGAUGACUUUUUGAAUUCACUUGUGAUUAAUUACAAAAUUAGUGUAAACUACUGCAGUUUUUUCAAGAAGU